AUGAUGUCUCAAUAUAAAGUGUUGUGCCAAGAUCUUGAGAAGCCAGACAUCGACGACCGCCAGUACCGGCUGAUCGAGCUGCCGAACGGACUGGUGUCGCUCGUGAUCUCUGACCCUACCACAGACAAGUCGGCUGCUGCGCUGGACGUGAACGUGGGUGCGUUCCAGGACCCGAAGGGGUUGCCUGGACUCGCUCAUUUUUGCGAGCACUUGUUGUUCAUGGGCACUUCCAAAUACCCUUCUGAAAAUGAGUACAGCUCCUAUUUAUCCAAAAACUCUGGCUUCAGCAAUGCGUUCACGUCGUCCGAGCACACGAAUUAUUAUUUUGAGGUGGCCAACGAGGCGAUGCACGGGGCGCUAGACAGGUUCUCACAGUUCUUCAUUUCGCCGCUUUUCGACCCAAAUUGCAAGGACAGAGAGAUCAACGCUGUGGACUCGGAAAACAAGAAAAACCUGCAGGCAGACGUUUGGAGACUGCACCAGCUCAACAAGUCGCUCACCAACAAGGAGCAUCCGUACAGUGGCUUUUCGACGGGUAACAAGGUGACCCUGGGCGAAGAGCCCGUCAAACAGGGCUUGGAUGUCAGAGCAGAGCUGCUCAAGUUCCACGAAAAAUACUAUUCCUCAAAUAUCAUGAGACUAGUCAUUAUCUCGAACAGGUCUCUCGACACCAUGACAGAAUGGGCCGUCGAGAUGUUCUCAGACAUUGCUAACAAGAACGCGACUUCUCCAAUUUAUAGAAACUCUCCAUUUGACUCUGAUACGUACAACGGCUACUUGAUCCGUGCCAAACCGAUCAUGGAGCUGCGGUCUUUACAACUCUCGUUCCCCAUUCCCGACACGAGACCCCACUGGGACUCGAAACCAGCCAAGUAUCUCUCUCAUCUCAUAGGCCACGAGUCGGAGGGAUCUCUGCUGUUCCAUUUCAAAGCUAAAGGAUGGGCCAAUAAUCUCAGUUGCGGCCACGAAGCGGUUUCUGCAGGAUAUUCGGCGUUCAUUGUCAAUAUCGACCUUACUCCUGAAGGCCUGAAAAACUACGCCGAAGUGUUGCAGCAUGUGUUCAAAUACAUCCGCCUGCUGAACGUGGAAGGACCUCAGAAAUGGAUAUUCCAGGAACUGCAUGAACAGAGCACCACCAGCUUCAAGUUCAUGCAAAAAACGGGAGCAAGCCAAUCGGCAAGCAGACUCGCCGGCUCUCUGCAUGGACUGCAGUACUACGACACCCGGGGCCAGAACCCGUUGCGCAAAAUUGAGGAGAUUCCGCCGCGCUCAACAAUUCCCUCAGAAAAGCUCUUGAGCACCAUGAUCGUCAGAAAAUACGACCCCGAGGCAAUUACCAAUAUUCUCUCUUACUUGAGACCGGACAACUUCCGCGCAAUGCUGAUUGCCAGGGAAUGUUUAGAAGACGAGCCUGUGCUGACAGAGAAAUGGUAUGGCACAGAGUACCUGCCUUCCAAGAUCGAGCCUCUGUUGUUGCAGAGUCUGGCAGAGAUCUACACCGGUCCAGCUCCGGCAGAAUACAGUUUACCGGAACGCAACAUCUUUCUUCCAACAAACUUCUCACUGGUCGAGCCUCCAAGAGAUGAGUCCGAAGGUAUCGUCUACCCAAAACUGAUCUGCGACUCAUCAGACUCGCGCGUCUGGUACAAGGUUAACACAAAACUUGGUGGACCAAGAUCCAGCGUCACGCUCAAAUUCAACCUUCCGGGAUCCACCUCUACUCCACUGAAUUCCGUCUUGCUCUCUCUUUUUGUUGAGAUGCUGGAUGACGAGCUGAACAGUGUGUCGUACCUUGCAAGCAUUGCAGGUCUGCACCACGAAAUUGGUCUUGCAAGGUCUGGAUUGAGUUUAUCCAUCAGUGGAUACUCGCACAAGCUCGACACUCUUCUGGACAGGGUCACCAAUACAUUGCUGAAAUUCACAAAUGACGAAUCCGUGUGGGAUGAGACUAGAGAGGAACGGUUCAACAUAGUCAAGGAGAAAAUGCUGCGGAACCUAAAAAACUUUGGCUAUUCCGUGCCUUUCCGUCAGAUUGGACCAAUGCUCUCUGCCUUGAUCAACGAGGACUCGUGGAUGAUAGACGACCAGAUAGACUGUUUUGACGCCGCGACAUUCCACUCGUUGAAGAGCUUUGUGUCCAACCUGUUUGGAAUCUGUUUUGUUGAGAUGUUUGUGAUUGGAAAUUACAGCAGGCAGGAAGCUCUGCACAUCAACCGGCUGGUGGCCUCGAAACUCACCAAGGCCCUUUCAUACACAGAAUCCCAAUUUACGAGAGGCCGUUCGUUGGAUCUUCCCGCUGGCGAGGAAUACCAUUUUGUCAAGAAAAACGUUGAUGAAGAAAACGUCAACUCGUGCGUGGAAACAUUUAUCCAGCUCGGCUACAUCACGGACCAACGUGACAGAGUGCUUGCCGAGCUGGUUUCGCAGAUAAUCCACGAGCCUUUCUUUGACCGUCUCAGGACCAAGGAGCAGCUUGGUUACGUUGUUUUUUCUGGAAUCAGACAGACCAGAACCACUUUUGGUCUGCGUUUGUUGAUUCAAAGCGAGAGAAGUACUGGCUACUUACUCGAUAGAAUGUCAAGGUUCCUGGUGAAAAUCGGACACAACUUGUCUUCCAUGAGCGACAAGGAGUUUGAAAAGCACGUGAACGCGGUGAUUACCAAGAAACUACAGAAGGUGAAGAAUCUUUCUGAGGAAAGGAGCAGGUUUUGGGACUCCAUUGCAUCUGGCUUCUACGAUUUUGACAAAAGGGAGCUGGACGUUGAGACAUUGAGGACAAUCAAACGCCAGGAGCUCAUUGAUUACUACCACAACAAGAUCCUGGACUCGUCUCAGCACGGAAAGCUGGUUGUGCAUUUGCAGAGCCAGGUGGCUCCAAAACAGUCUUUAGUGAGCAGACUCACGAGCAUUAUUUCGAAUCUGGUCUUUGAUAUACCUGAGUACGACUCUGUUGACCUGAGCUCCAACCAGCUAAGCGAGCUGAUAGAGGGAAAAAUCACCGAGGACACUGAGAUUACCAGAGACGUUCUGGAGUCCAUUUUUGACGGCUUCACCCUGAUUCCCAACUUCAAUCACAAAGAGCAAUUUAUCACUGCUAUUUUGGACGAGCUCAAGAAAGAGUACAAGCUGACCAACACCAUCGACAAUGUUGGCGAAUGGAAAUCACAGGUGCCGCUCACAGGGGCUCCUAACGCUCACAUCCCGGAGAAGUUCAUGGACGAGGCCUUGCUCGAGCCCAAACUAUAA